UCCAGAGCCACCGUAGUUGUCAUGGCGUUCCUGGUAGGAGUUGUGUUUGCUCUUUUACUUUUAUGUUUGUCAUUUAUUAUUCGAUUAUAUCAUGUUGUGAAGACUGGCUCGAGCUAUAAACCUGGAACCAGAGGUCCGGUCGCUGUUCUGAUCGUCGCAGGAUCAGGUGGUCACACCACAGAGAUCCUGCGGCUGAUGGAGUGCUUGUCUGCAGCCUACACACCUCGACACUAUGUUAUCGCUGACACUGACGGGAUGAGUCAGGAGAAAAUCUGCACCUUUGAACGCUCUAAACACUCAGACUCUGAGUCACAGUUCACCAUCUGUCGGAUCCCACGGAGCCGGGAGGUGCAUCAGUCCUGGAGUUCCUCUGUUAUCAGCACUCUGGACGCUCUGCGGUAUUCUCUUCCGCUGGUCUUCAGACUCAGACCUGACAUGGUGCUCUGUAACGGCCCAGGGACCUGCAUUCCCCUCUGUGUGACAGGACUCCUGCUUGGAAUUCUGGGAUUGAAGAAAGUCUCAAUAGUUUAUGUUGAAAGCAUUUGCCGGGUAGAAACACUGUCCCUCACGGGGAAGAUCCUGUACCCAAUAGCAGACUAUUUCUUUGUGCAGUGGUCCUCUCUGAGAGACAAAUACCCCAAAUCCAUUUUCCUUGGAAGAAUAGUGUGAAAACAUUAGUUACAUGUAAACACGAAUGUAGGAUGACAUAUGUUGUAAUGUUUCUUCUAAUGCUCAUGAAUAAAUGCUCUUUAAUUUUUGA